AUGCGUUUCUCCACUGCCGUCGCCUGCUUGUCUGCCUGCCUCGCCGCUCCGGCGACGGCCCUCGCCAUCUGGGGCGAUUCCGCGUACGCAUUCGACAGCAAUCUCAAGGUGCCUGGAGAGAACCCCAUCGAGUUCUGCUCCGCCAGCCGUGACGGCAAUCUCAUCGACAUCAAGAAAGUCGACCUGGCUCCCAACCCUCCCAAGGCUGGCAAACCUCUCGACAUCACAGCCUCAGGCGAGGUCAAGACUACUAUCGAGUCAGGCGCCUACGUCAAACUGGUUGUCAAGUACGGCCUUAUUCAACUGCUGUCUACCACUGCAGACCUGUGUGAGCAGCUCGGCAAUGUCGAUCUUUCUUGCCCUCUCGAGCCUGGCAACUUGAACCUCACCAAGAGCGUUGACAUGCCUUCCGCCAUUCCUCCGGGAACCUACAGUGUCAUUGCUGACGUUUACUCUGCUGAUGACAAACCAAUCACCUGCCUCAAGGCUACCGUCAACUUCCCCCGACCAGGCCUUUCUUCGUCCGAAGAUUCGGAGGAAUUGUAA